CAAACAUUUAAAUAUCGCGGGUUAAUGGUCCAGCCAAUAGGAAUCAAAGUUCUAGGAUUGGUUGGUUGGUUGCCUAUCUAUGGUUUUAUGCGCUUCCACCAGAGUUCGCUUUCUACCUCUUCAGGGUUUUCUAUUCUAAGACAAUUAUCGUCUUUAUAAUCUGUGAUUAUCGUAGAGUGAAGUAAAUCAAUGCAACUAUAGUUGUAAGACUAGAAAUAAUACCAUAUUAUUUAUUAUUAUAAUAUAUUAUGUAUAUGUAUUAUUUCUAUGACCAUGUACCAUGGAUUAGAUUCUAAUCAUUAGAACCUUCUUUAUCUCAGGAUUAGAGUAGUAGUGGUAGUUUUUUUAUAAUCUAUGCUACUUAGUUACUGCAGUAACUCCAUAGAUUAGAUAAAGUAAAGUAGGUAACUGAGUCUCAGAAGAGAUUCAACAGGUAGAAACGAGUCGUUCGAGUUUUAGUGUUGUAUAACCUGUAGUGAAGAACUUUCAAACAAUAUGUCUCUAAAUCAACUACCAAAGGGGGCAAACCAAUUGGUAAUAGACUGGUGGAAUACCAGUGGCCCCAUAGGGCUACUUCACAAGAUGAACACCGUACGAGUGCCCUUCGUCAAAGAUGGCAUGGUAAACGCCGGCAUUUUGACAGCAGAUGACAGCUGUCAAACUGAAAUAGUCAACGUACUAGAUGUGGGAUGCGGGGGUGGCAUCCUGUCAGAGCCUCUCUCGAAACUAUCGUGCAAAAUCAAGUUAACCGGGCUCGAUUAUAAAGCAAAUUUAAUCGAGGUGGCGCAGGAGCACGCAAAUCAACAAGGCCUCGACAUCGCAUACGUCACGUCGACGAUCGAGGAUUACGCGUCACGUCACGCAGGCGAGUAUGACGUCAUCGUGGCGUCGGAGGUCAUAGAGCACGUUCCGAGUAAAGAUGAGUUUUUGGCUGCCUGUUUGAAGUGUUUAAAGCCGAACGGUUCGAUUUUUGUGACCACGAUCAGUCAGUCGAAGUUGGCGAAUUUCGUCGCCAUUUUUAUGUACGAGAAUCUUGGUUUGAUUCCCAAGGGAACGCAUCAGAUCGAGAAACUCAUCACACCUGCAGAUUUGGGUAAUAUGUUGAAAAAUUUAAAUUGCGACACAAAAAAUACACAGGGAUAUUUUUACAACCUUUUAACUGGCAGAUGGAAUACCACAACUAAUACAGAUAUAUUCUAUUGUUUACAUGCUAUUAAGAAGCAAAAUUAAAUAUAUU